CAAAGGCGGCAAUAUUUAGGAUUGAAAAGUACGAGUGUCUCCGUUUGUCAGUGACUCAGUGUAGAGAGAAGAAUGUCAUUUUUGUGAAACUAUGGCCACUCAAACGCGAUGUUCGCGGAUUAAUGAUUUAUGUAAACCGAUUACGGUUAAUAUUAUGACACCUUCUCAUGAACCAAGCUCAGUUAUUGUAAUAAAAACCAUAAAAUAUAUACUAUAUCAACGACAGCAAAUACCUUUCACUUACGAGUUUUUAAUGGACCUCGCCUUGAAAGGCAAAGCAGUACUCAAUGAUUCAAAAAUUAAAGAGGGUGCAGGGCGUGGUGUUCACUUUCGGGACGUCAGAACCCAGUGGAAAAAAUAUCAAAAAAUUGUCGAAUCAUUUGAAAUGUUGGAAGAAAUAUUUAAGAAUGUGCGCCAGGAACUUGACCAGUGUAACAACCAUUUAGUGCCUGAAGUGAUGAUAGUACUUGGCUCCACACCAAUGAGCCCAAAAGAAGUUUAUAGAAUCAUCUUGCCUCAGCAUUCAAGAAUUUCUUCAACAAGUGACAUAGCACCAAAAACUAAUAUUUUUCACAUGUUCAGGGGCAUUAUGACUUGUGAAGAGUUGCAGAACUUUGUUACCAAGUCACUCAGCACUACUAACACCUAUCUGUUUGUGAAAAAGAGAGCUGGGCUGAAUAGUCCAUGGCUUCUUCCCAAAAGACUGUAUGAACCACCUAACAUGGGGCAACAUAUUAUAUUUUCAUUGAAAGGUUCUACUAGUGAAGAACAGUCUAUCAGCAGUAAUGUGGAUAAUGAUACUGGUCAAGAGGCAGAGAUUUAUCCAGAUUGUGCUUUAGUGACUGAAGAUAGUGAAGAACAGUUCAGGCUUCCUUACAAUGAAGGACAUAAUCCCUUACAUAGAAACAGUUAUGUAUCACAUGACCUAAAAAAGAAUUCUGUGGAUAAGAAUUUUGAUGACAUGCACUGGUACCAAGCAAAACAUGUGUUCAGAGGGUUUGUAAAUGAGAUGCAAUUUUAAUUCUGUGUGUUUGUGUGUGUGUGUGUGUGUGUGUGUGUGUGUGUGUGUGUGUGUGUGUGUGUACAAAAAAAAAUUAAAUUAUCGUGGUGGUGUUCACGUGCUUCACAAUAAAGUGCAUUUGGAGCAGAGCAGUGUCUAGUA